GUCACAACAUGUUUUUUCAGCUGCAACAUACGUUCUGUCCAUUUUGAGUUCUGAAUUGAAUUCAUUCUCAUUCUCAUAACAAUUCUCUCUCUGAAAUCAACACUCCCUAUAUUCUUUCCGCGCGUUUCGAUCUUCAUUAUCUAAUGGAUCCAUUUCACCAAAACGACGCUUCUUCAUCUUUUCCACUGUCGUCGUCUACUCCUCCUCAACAACAACAACAACAACGCACUUUCUUAUAUUCACGUUCCUCUUCUUCUUCUUCCAACGACAACGACGACGUUUCAUCCUCCAAUUCUAUUCAUUCCACCAACCGCCGUCUCGAUUGCAUGCUCCAAUUCCUCGACCGUAAACUCACUAUCUCCGACCACCUCCCUCUCCCUGAAUUCAUCGCCAAAGGCGGCGGUGCCGGAAUCUUCAAACCUCCUCUCCGCGCCGCCGUACACCCUUCCCGUCCUCCUUUUCUCGAAUUACGUCCCCAUCCCUUACGCGAGACUCAGAUUGGACGCUUUUUGCGUAACAUUGUUGCUACGGAUUCGCAAUUAUGGUCCGCGACUGAACGUGGACUACGGUUCUGGAAUUUUAAAGAUCUAUACGCGUCGUGGUACGGCGAAGAAGGUCUUGUGAGGAGUGGUGAUGAAGAGAGUGCGCCGUUCCGUGAAUCGCUUUUGACUUCUCCGGCGAUUUGUUUGGUUGCGGAUGAAGGGAAUAGGUUGGUGUGGAGUGGACAUAAAGAUGGAAAGAUUCGCUGUUGGCAAAUGGAUUCUCAGAAUUCCGAUUUUAACCACAAAUUAUCUUGGCAAGCUCAUCGUGGACCUGUUCUUUCAAUCACAAUCACUUCUUAUGGGGAUCUGUGGUCGGGUUCAGAAGGAGGGGUUAUAAAAAUAUGGCCUUGGGAGGCUGUUGAAAAAUCUAUUCAUCUGACAGAGGAGGAAAGGCACAAGGCUGUCAUAUUCAUCGAGAGAUCAUAUGUUGACUUGAGGAGCCAGCUAUCUACAAAUGGCUACAAUAACAUGCUAGCUUCAGAUAUAAAGUACUUAGUAUCGGAUAAUUCAAAGGCAAAGGUGUGGAGUUCUGGGUAUUUUUCAUAUGCUUUAUGGGAUGCUCGCACAAGAGAGUUGUUGAAAGUUUUCAAUUCAGAUGGCCAAAUGGAGAAUCGAUCAGACUUGCCUUCAAUGCAAGACUUUCCGGUCGACCUUGUUUCAAGUUCUAGGAAAGACAGAAACCAAAGUUCCAUUGGGUUCUUUCAGCGCUCACGUAAUGCCUUAAUGGGGGCAGCCGAUGCUGUUCGCCGAGUUGCAGCAAAGGGAGCCUUUGGAGAUGAGAAUCGGAGAACUGAAGCACUUGUAGUAACAAUUGAUGGAAUGAUUUGGACAGGAUAUUCAAGUGGCUUGCUGGUGCAAUGGGAUGGAAAUGGCAAUCGCAUACAGGAUUUUAUUUACCACCCAUUUGCUGUUCAAUGUUUUUGUACUUAUGGAAUGCAAAUUUGGGUAGGUUAUGCGUCUGGCAUUGUCCAGGUAUUGGACCUGAAGGGUAACCUGAUUGGGGGUUGGGUGGCUCAUAGCUGUCCAAUUGUAAAAAUGACAGUUGGAGUUGGCUAUGUAUUCACAUUGGCUAACCACGGUGGCAUACGAGGAUGGAACAUCACCUCUCCAGGACCUCUUGAUAGCAUUUUGUGUUCAGAAUUGGGCGGCAAAGAGUUUUUAUAUACUAAAAUAGAAAACAUAAAAAUAUUGAGUGGCACUUGGAAUGUUGGACAAGGAAAAGCAUCUCAAGAUUCCCUUACUUCAUGGCUAGGUUCUGUGGCCUCAGAUGUUGGCCUUGUUGUUGUUGGGUUGCAAGAGGUUGAAAUGGGUGCUGGAUUUCUUGCAAUGUCUGCAGCUAAAGAAACUGUAGGACUGGAGGGUAGUUCUGCUGGGCAGUGGUGGCUGGAUAUGAUAGACAAAACACUGGAUGAAGGUUCAACAUUUAAACGAAUUGGAUCCAGGCAACUUGCAGGCUUGGUCAUUGCUGUGUGGGUUAAAACAAACAUUACACUUCAUGUUGGGGAUGUUGAUGCGGCAGCAGUUCCAUGUGGCUUUGGACGUGCUAUUGGAAAUAAGGGAGCUGUUGCUUUGAGGGUUAGAGUGUAUGAUCGGAUUAUGUGCUUUGUUAAUUGUCACUUUGCUGCACAUUUAGAUGCUGUUGGUCGUCGCAAUUCAGAUUUUGAUUAUGUAUACCGAACUAUGUCCUUUAGUCGACCAACAAACCUCUUAAAUACAACACCUGCUGGAACUUCAGCUUCUAUUCCAAUGUUUCGUGGUACAAAUCCUGCAGAAGGGAUACCUGAGUUAUCUGAGGCAGACAUGAUUGUAUUUCUUGGUGAUUUGAACUAUCGUCUUGAUGACAUUUCAUAUGAUGAAGCAAGAGAUUUUGUUUCUCAAAGAUGCUUUGAUUGGCUUAGAGAAAGGGAUCAGCUUCGAGCAGAAAUGGAAGCUGGGAAUGCCUUCCAAGGAAUGCGUGAAGCAGUGAUAACAUUUCCUCCCACAUACAAGUUUGAACGACACCAAGCUGGUUUGGCAGGGUAUGACUCUGGUGAAAAGAAACGCAUCCCUGCCUGGUGUGACAGAAUUUUGUAUCGUGACAGUCGCUCUUCUUCGGUUGCUGAAUGCAAUUUGGAGUACCCUGUUGUCUCUUCAGUAUUGCAGUACGAAGCCUGCAUGGAUGUCACAGAUAGUGACCACAAGCCUGUGCGCUGCAUCUUUUCUACAGAUAUUGCUCGAGUAGAUGAACCAAUACGGAGACAGGAGUUUGGAGAAAUUCUCGAGUCAAAUGAGAAAAUAAAAUGUCUUCUGAAAGAAUUGUACAAGAUUCCUGAAACCAUCAUAAGUACAAACAACAUAAUUCUUCAAAACCAGGACACAUUAAUUUUGCGUAUUACUAAUAAAAGUACAGAAGACAAUGCUUUGUUCGAAAUAAUUUGCGAAGGGGAGACUACUGUACUGGAGGAUCAGAAGGCAACAAACCAUUACUUGAGAGGUUCUUUUGGAUUGCCUAGGUGGCUUGAGGUAAGUCCUGCAACUGGUAUUAUAAGACCAGAUCAGAUUAUUGAGGUAUCAGUGCAUCAUGAGGAAUUUCAGACUCAGGAAGAGUUUGUUGAUGGUGUUGUACAAAACUCUUGGUGUGAAGACUCCAGAGACAAGGAAGCAAUUUUGAUUGUUAAGGUGCAUGGGAAUUACGCUAUUCAGACAAGAAAUCACCGAGUGCGUGUUCACCACUGUUAUUCAUCCAAGAAAAACCAAUUGACUCAACCAAACGGAUCCAGGCAUGUCCAAGGAAGUGUACUUCACCGAUCUGAUUUCCAACGUUUGAGCAAUUCAUUUGAUGUGGUUGACCAGCUGCAUAAAUUGCAUAGCCCUUGAAACACCAAUUAAGGGAGCUUGUGGUUGAACUUGAAUCAUGGAGCUGAUUGAUCUGUACAGAGAAAGCAAAUGCAAGGCAAUAAGUAGCUUACGAUACCAUUUUAUUCCGAAAGGAGCUCAAUUUAACCUGUAAAUGUCUAUCUACCAUACUAAACAGCCGAAGCUACAAUUGAAAGGGAAAAUUCAGUGGCAUGUUAGGGCAGUUGAAGAUACUAUUGUUAAGUUUGUCUUUUAGACGAUGGUUGCUUCUAACAAAUAUUUUGGAGCUUCAUAGUUUCUAGCAUCUCAUUAUUUGUUUGGAAUUUUGUGUAAUGGAAGUCCAUUUGUUAACGACUUCCUACUUCCUAAAGUAUGCGACCUUCAUUAAAUACAAUAUACAUAUAUAAUAUAAAAAGACCAUGGAUUGUUGGUUAAAAAAAAAUCCGACGACGUUUGUGGCCCUUUAAA